AAUAUAAUAAACACAAACAAAACAACAUUUCUUUCUUUAAUUUUCUUCAUGUUAUCUUUACUAUAAAAAAUCUAGGGUUUUUACAUUUCUUCUUUUCUUCUUCUUCUUCUUCCAAUUUGCAAACUUUACAGUAAAAUCUCAAUGGAUCCUCAAGGCCAACAACCACAGCAGCUAGAUACGUCCCCUCACGGGGAAGAAGAAGAUACCAAUCUCCACUCUCGUGACGAUAACACCAACAACAAUAGAAAUAAGCCGCUCUCUUUUUCUCACUCCGGCGACGGUGCUAGUCCCGGAAAGAUUUUUAUCGGAGGAUUAGCUAGAGAGACCACUGCAGCACAAUUUGUGAAGCAUUUUGGUAAAUAUGGUGAAAUUACUGAUUCUGUUAUCAUGAAGGACCGUAAAACAGGCCAACCUCGCGGUUUUGGCUUUGUUACGUAUGCUGAUGCUUCUGUUGUUGAUCAAGUUAUUGAAGAUUCUCAUGUUAUUAAUGGCAAACAAGUGGAAAUCAAACGAACUAUACCCAAGGGAGCUGCAGGUGCUAGGGAUUUCAAGACUAAAAAGAUUUUUGUUGGUGGAAUUCCUACAACUGUGACUGAAGAUGAAUUGAAAGAAUAUUUUGCUCAAUAUGGUGAGGUUGUUGAGCACCAGAUCAUGCGUGACCAUGCCACAAGUCGAUCACGUGGCUUUGGGUUUGUUUCAUUUGACACUGAGCAGGCUGUAGAUGAUCUUUUGGCUAGGGGAAAUAAGCUUGAGUUUGCCGGAGCUCAGGUGGAGAUCAAGAAGGCAGAGCCAAAGAAGCCUAACCCUCCAGCACCUCCUUCUAAGCGUUAUAAUGAUUCAAGGCCUGGAUUUGGUGGUGGAUUUAACGAUACAUAUGAUGGAUUUGGAGGCAAUGCCUUUGGUGGUGGGGGCGGUAGUGGUGGUGGUGGAUCGUAUAGGUCCGGUGGUGCCUAUGGAGGUAGAUCUGGUACCUACGGUGGAUAUGGCGGAGGCGAAUUUGGUGGAUACGGUGGUUAUGGAGGCAGUGGCAUUGGAGCGGCUUACAGAGGGGAGCCCUCUUUUGGAUAUUCCGGACGUUAUGGUGGUGGCUAUAGCAGGGGAUAUGAAAUGGGAGGUGGUUACAGUGGUGCCGGAGAGGGUUACGGUGGAUAUGGUAGUGGUGGAGGAUCUGGCAGUGGUUAUGGAGGUAACUAUAACUCUAGCCUCGGGGGUGGAUACGGAGGCAGUGCCGGGGGCGGAUAUGGAGGGAGUGCCGGGGGUGGAUAUGGAGGCAGUGCCGGGGGUUCCAUGUACGGAAGUAGAGGCGGAUAUGGAAGCACAGGUAAUAGUAGAUACCAUCCUUAUGGAAGGUAGAAGGGUAUGAGAAAAAUAUUUAACUGUAACGGCUAUUCGAAUUCGUCACAGUGGUAGUGUUUUUGAGUUAAGCUAUUUCAGGAGCUUGUGCUCUUAGUUUUUUUGUAGCUUUGGCAAGGUGGUGAUUUUGCAUUUUCUUUUUCCUUCAAUUAUUGAACGUUGAAUCAUAUGUUAUUCUCAAAUUUUACAAACACUAGGAUAUCUAGGACAUCAUCAUCCAUAUCUGUAGACUUUGAUUUGGUUAGCGUUUAUGAAUUGAAAAUUGUGAUGUA